AUGGUAGGGUCAUCCAUGCCCGCGGCCGAGUUUGCAAAGCGCGACUUCGAUUUCUUGAUUGUCGGGGGUGGUACGGCCGGCUUGGCAGUCGCCGCCCGCCUCUCGGAGGAAAGCAACUUGACCGUCGGUGUGAUGGAGGCUGGGCCCGCCGUCUUCGGUCAUGACGCGAUUGACAUACCUGGGAACUACGGUCAGACCCUAGGCACGGAUCUGGACUGGCAAUUCUCAACUACCCCUCAGCCGGGCCUCGGGGGACGAUCGUUAGACUUCCCUCGAGGCAAAGUCAUGGGGGGCACCUCGGCCUUGAAUUUCAUGACCUGGAAUCGCGCAAACAAGCAAGAUUACGAUGCUUGGGAGGAACUAGGAAAUAGGGGCUGGGGGUGGAAUGCUUUGCUUCCUUAUUUUAAGAAGUCUGAGACUUUCUUCGAACCCGAGCCUGAAACUCAGACUCAACACAAAGCUAUAUACGAUGCCCAAGCCCUUGGGGCCAGUGGACCUAUUCAAAUCUAUUAUCCAAAGGAGUAUUACGGCGGCCAUGCCCUCUGGCACACCACGCUGAACUCGCUGGGGAUUGAGACGAACGAGGCACAUCUAUCUGGAUCGAAUGUGGGGGCAUGGACUAAUGUCUGCUCCGUUGAUCCCAAGAGCGGCAAGAGAUCGUACUCCGCGACGGCAUAUUAUCUCAAGAAUGCAUCGCGGCCGAAUUUGUCAGUCUUGACAGAAGCUCUAGCUGAGGAGAUUCUACUGGAAGAAGUGAGUGGAGAAUGGGUGGCCAAGGGCGUUCGGUUCCGCCAUGGCUCCGUUGAGUAUAUCGUUUCCGCGUCCCGUGAAGUGAUUGUGUGCUCUGGGAGUGUCCAAUCGCCCCAACUGCUUGAGUUAUCUGGUAUUGGAAACCCUACUGUUCUCGCCAACGCUGGCAUUCCUGUGAAAGUGAAUAGUCCAAAUGUUGGGGAGAAUCUGCAAGAGCAUAUGAUGACUGCUAUGAUCUUCGAAGUUGAUCCAACUCUCCCAAAUCCCGAUGAUUUGAAGGUAGAUGGAAAGCUGGCCACGGUUGCCCGCCAACAAUUUGAAGAGUCCAAGUCAGGUCCUCUGAGCAUCCUGGCUUGCUCAAUGUGCUACCUACCGCUCGAAAAGGUCGUCCCCCAUACGAUUUUACAGUCAGUCGCAACAGCAUCUCGGCCUCCAGAUCAAACGUCCUCUUCGCGACAAAGCAUCCUCCACAGGCGCUUCAGUCAGCACAAGAACUUAGGCCAAGUGGAAUACAUCUUCGAUCUCGGCAACUGGAGUUCUCAAUUCAAGGCUGAUCCGUCCAGCGGCAAGAAGUAUGCCACGAUGCUACAGAUACUCCAGCAUCCAUUUUCAGUGGGCAGCAUCCACAUCCGCCCUCCAGCCCCUGGCUCCUCCAAGGUGACAGCCUCCGACAAGCCCUUGAUUGACCCCCAGUAUUAUACUGGCGCUUUAGGCCAUCUGGACCUGGAAAUAAUGACAGAGUGUCAGCGGUUCGCCGAAAAGAUCUGCAGUACUCAGCCUCUAGCUAACAUCAUUCGCGAGCGAGCGUACCCCCCGCCCUCCUUAGCGGACGACGAGCUCCGUGACUGGGUUGUGCAAAGCACGAUAACAGACUGGCAUCCCGUCGGAACAUGUUCGAUGGGAGGGCAUGAGGGCAUUGCGGGCGGUGUUGUCGAUGACUCGCUGAAGGUGUACGGAGUGAAGGGCUUGAGGGUGGUUGAUGCAAGCAUAAUUCCCCUUCAGAUUAGCGGUCAUACGCAGGCGACGGUGUAUGCUAUUGCGGAGAAAGCUGCAGACAUGAUCUUGCAGAGUUUGGAAUGA